UGGGCAAGACUAUUCCCCCAGAAACUAGAUACUGAACUUUUAUCUUUGGUUUUCAUAAAAAAACUCUUUGCUGUCGCCAUUUCAAAUGUGUUGUAUUUCCGAAGUAUUUUUCCAGAAAGAGCAUUUUCUGACAAGCAGAUUGAGGGUAAACCUCUUACUUUACGUUUUAUUUCAGGUAUUCGUUUAAAAAUUCUUAGAGAGGAUUCUAAAUGCCCAAGCUCGUCAAAAGUGGUUUAUUGGUUGAGAGGCUGUUUUGAUGCUCUUGAUCGCAAAUUUAACGUCGUGGAAUCGUAUGCUUUUAGAUUUAGUUACAGCGAGCACGGAGCUUCCAUGAACCUUAGUGCAGACUCAGCUGAUAGCAAAAUAGUCGAUAUCGAUGCCUCUUCAAUUACCACAGAAGGUAUUAAAAAAGAGACGCUUGGUCUGUUAAGAACCAUUCUUUUGGCCGGUAAUAGCCUAGGGAGGCUGCCGGAUAAGCUUAUUUUAACCAUGAAAUUACUUUAUUAUGAUGAAAGUGAGUGA